AUGCAUAAUGUUAUGUUCACAGGAGGACUUAGCACAAGAGCCAACGUGAAGAUACAGCUGACAGACGUGAACGACAACUGGCCAGUGUUCUACCCCAGGGAGUACAACGUUUCUCUUCCUGAAGGUGGUCCCUUAGGUGCGGUACUAGCCGUUGCGGCCACAGACAAGGAUUCCGGUGUCUUCGGCAGGCUCACCUACCGCAUCACCUCCGGCAACUCAGAAGGCAUCUUCCGCAUCGAUCCGAACAGCGGGGAGAUCUCCCUGGCGAGGCAGGUUAGCUCGAGGACCCACCGCCUGACGGUGGGGGCAGUGGACGGUGGCGGCCUUGCGGCGCGGCGGGAGGCAGAGGUCUACCUCUCCGUCGGGGACCCCCGGUCGCCACCCCCGCAAUUCCUCAGAACUAGGUACUCCAUGUCCGUCAGGGAGGACGUCCCGCUCAGCACUAACGUUGGCAAGGUCUCCGCUUCGCAAUUAGGUCGAACUGGCAGUGUGCGCUAUUCCAUCAAUUCAGGUGAUCCCGACGGAUACUUUUCCAUCGAUCCUGUUUCCGGUAACUUGAGGACUGCUGCGAGAUUGGACCAUGAGGCAAGAUCAAGUCUUCUUCUCAGCGUACAAGCGGCAGCUGGGAAUCCAGUUGCUUAUGGUGUAGCUCAGGUCCAGAUCUCUAUAGAAGACGUCAACGACAACGCUCCUGAGUUCGAUUCCGAAUCUGUGAGGAUAUCUGUUCGGGAAUCGGAGUCAGGUUCCAGCCCUCUUUAUACUGCUCAUGCUACGGACAAGGAUUCUGGAGACUUUGGAAGAGUUACCUACAGACUGGAGGGUGGACCACGUGGACUGUUUAGACUGGACUCGAGGACAGGCGACCUCUGGCUCUCUGGAAGACUGGAUUACGAGGCUGCCCAAAGACACUCUUUGCUCAUCACAGCGGCCGACGGAGGAUCUCCACCACUCUCCGCCAACCUCACGGUUCUCCUGGAAGUCCAAGACGUCAAUGACAACCCUCCUGUCUUUGAGAGGCCCGAAUAUUCCGUCCCAGUGUCGGAGAGUCUCCCUCUCAAUUCCCAGUUUAGAGGAUGCGAGGCCGCUGAGAGGGUGUCGCCCCCAGGCCCUCUAGUGGGGGGCACCUCCAUCAAUCUUCCUCCUCAGGUGGUCCAAGUGACAGCGGUAGACCUAGAUACAGGAAACAACGCAAGGCUGACCUAUAGACUCGUUGGAACUUCUCACGAGUUUGGAGUGUUCCCGAACAGCGGAUGGGUCUACCUCCGCGGUAACUUGGACCGAGAAAGGCAGGAUUCCUACAGGCUUCAGGUGGCCGCCAUGGACAACGGUUCACCUCCAGCUACCGCCACAACCCUGGUCAGUGUCACAGUGACAGACGCCAAUGAUAACGAUCCCAUCUUCGCAGAGGAGCGCUAUUCCUGGUACGUCGAAGAGAACCUUUCUCGAGGUGCCGUCGUCGGACGUCUCAAAGCCUCCGAUCCGGACCUAGGCCAGAACGCUGAUGUCACGUUCUCCAUCAUACCAUCCAACUCUAGUUUCCAAGUCGAUCCUCUAACAGGUCAGUGUGCACCAGUGUCUAUUCUUUUGAUUAUCUUUUUAGCCAACAAUCGUGAUCGCUAA